AUGGAUCCCAGGUUGGUGGAGGCAGCACUUAAUGGAAACGCCAUUGAACUGCAGAAAUUACUUCAAGAAGACCCCCUCGCACUUGAGAGAGGUUCAGUGGCAGUGUACCCGGAGACUGUCCUACACAUUGCAGCCAUGAGUGGGCAGACAGAGUUUGUGAGGGAGCUACUGAAGCUUAAACCAGAUUUUGCCACCAGAUUGAACAAGGACGGGUUUAGUGCAAUACACUUAGCCUCCGCAAAUGGGUUUGUGGAAACAGUAAGAGAGCUAUUGAAGUUCAGGCGUGAGCUUGCCCUUCUCAAGAGCAGCGAUGGAAGGACUUCUCUUCAUUGUGCAGCUGUAGCUGGGAGGGUUCAAGUCAUUAGGGAAUUAGUUGGCUUUUUCCCCGACUGUAUCGGAGAAGUUACUCUAAGAGGCGAGACUGCGCUUCACGUAGCCGUGAAGUAUAACCAGUUUGAGGCCUUUGAAGCCAUGUUUGAUAUACUGAAGCAGAUUAACAUGCAGGAAAUUCUGAGUGCUGGGGAUGAAGAUGGCAACACUGUCUUACACCUUGCAGUUGCUAGGAAGCUGCAGAUUCAGACCGUUAAAUUGCUAUGUGGCGGUGAUGGUAGCCAACAAAAAGCAGUCGAUGUGAAUGUGACCAACAAGAGUGGCUUAACUGCUUUGGAUGUGUCCGAUGUCAUACAGCAAAUGAUGAUGGGUGAACCCACUGAUUACAUGCUUAGGGAUUUGCUUCUACGCGCAGGAGCCUUAAGAGUGUCCGAACUUGAACACAUUGACACUGCUCAUGUUCAUCACAGGCAGAUCUCGGUGACGGCGGCACCGCCUCCCCAAACUAUCUGGCAGUUCUUAUUACAUGAGACCUCACUUCUAAACCCUUUAAGAUUUUGGAAAGCAUUAGCAAAAGAAGUGAAAAAGUCACCACCAGAAACUCGAAAUGCUUUGCUCGUUGUGGCUGUUCUUAUCGCAACUAUAACCUACCAAGCCAUACUGAGUCCCCCAAUGACUUUUAUAGCGGCGACGAUUCUACAAGUGCUAAUAUUGCAAACAAUUUAG